AUGAACGCAGAAAAGGGGUUAGUGUAUGCCCUGCUGCUUCUUUUUCUACUUCAGGUAAGUACUUGCUUGGACAUCCUAAACCAAAACAACACUCUCAAAGAUGGCAAUCUCUUGGUCUCCAGUGGUAAAAUGUUCACUCUCGGUUUCUUCAGCCGGGGUAAUUCUAGCCACCGUUAUGUCGGAAUUUGGUAUUCUCAAAUUUCUGAGCAAACCAUUGUUUGGGUUGCUAAUCGAGAGAGACCAAUCAGUGGCACUUCAGGAGCUCUUUCAAUUGAUUCUGAUGGAAAUUUGGUGCUCUAUGAGACAAAUGGAAGCUUUCCUGUUUGGUCCACAAAUGUUUCUUCUGCAUUAUCCAAUCAUUCUACUACAGCCCAGCUCAUGGAUUCAGGCAAUCUAGUACUUCGAGAUUUUAGCGAAAAGAUGAUAUGGCAAAGCUUUGAUUAUCCAACAGACACUGUGCUUCCUUUAAUGAAAAUCGGGUUGAACCGCAAAACCGGUUUGAACCAGUUCAUAACAUCAUGGAAGUCCCCAGACGAUCCGACACCUGGCAAUUACUCCCUUAAGAUCGACGCAACGGGCUACGCUCAAUUGUUUCUGUACAAGGACGGGAAUCCAUAUUGGCGUGCCGGGUCAUGGACUGGAGAUCGGUGGAGCGGUAUACCUGAAAUGACUCGUGCUUACCUGAACUUAAGUUUUGUAAAUGAUCCAAACGAGGUUUCUAUAAUGUAUGACGUCAUUGACGCAUCGAUCAUCACCAGAAUGGUGGUGAACGAAUCGGGGUCACUCCGACGAUCUGCGUGGCACGACAGAGACCGGCGGUGGAUAGAAUUCUGGUUCGCUCCAAAGGACCAGUGCGAUUAUUACGGCAAGUGUGGGCCCAACAGCAACUGCAAUCCAUACAUUACGGGCCAGUUCGAGUGCACAUGCCUGCCAGGGCUCGAGCCCAAAUCCCCGGGCGAUUGGUACCUUAGAGAUGCAUCGGCAGGGUGCGUAAGGAGGGGAGGGGUGUCAGUGUGUCGAAGUGGGGAAGGAUUCGUGAGGGUGGCACGUGCGAAGGUGCCGGACACUUCAAAAGCACGUGCCAACAUGAGCUUGAACUUGAAGGAGUGCGAGGAGGAAUGCCUGAGGGAUUGCUCUUGCACAGCUUAUGCUAGUGCCAGUGAAAGCCUGGGAGGUUCCGGGUGCCUCAUAUGGCAUGGCGAUUUAGUCGAUACAAAAACAUUUGCCGAUUCAGGUCAAGAUUUAUAUGUACGGGUCGAUGCCAUUGAGUUAGCUCGUCACAGGAAGACAAGAUCCCUCAGCCAAAAGGCAAUGGUUGCGAUCAUUCUAGUUUCAAUUUUGACAGCUCUACUUCUCGCCGGCUUCUUCUUGUAUGGCUUGGCGAUCAAGAAGAGAAGGGAUCGCAGAAGCCAUAAUCCACAGGUGAGUGAUAUGACCAGUUCAACGUAUUUCAACGGCCCUCAGUGUGUAAAAGACCGCAGUGAUGAACCGAGGGGAAACAGAGAUGUGCCGCUCUUUGAUCUGAGUACCGUAGCUUCGGCAACAAACAAUUUCUCCGUCCUCAAUAAGCUCGGUCGAGGCGGUUUUGGAUCAGUAUACAAGGGCGUUAUGGACAAUGGAAUGGAAAUAGCAGUCAAAAGACUAUCGAAACAUUCAGGACAAGGAGUUAAAGAAUUUAAAAACGAAGUCCGGUUAAUUGCGAAGCUCCAGCACCGGAACCUGGUGAGAAUACUAGGCUGCUGUGUCGAAGAAGACGAGAAAAUGCUAAUUUACGAGUAUUUACCUAACAAGAGCUUGGAUACCUUCCUUUUCGAUCGACCCAUGACAACGAACAAUGAUUGGAGAAAACGGUUCGAAAUUGCUUCUGGGGUGGCUCGAGGACUCUUGUACUUGCACCAAGAUUCAAGGCUCCGGAUCAUCCACCGAGACUUAAAGGCCAGCAACAUCCUACUCGACGCUGCGAUGAAUCCAAAGAUAUCGGAUUUCGGUAUGGCUAGGGUAUGCGGCGGGGACCAAAUCCAAGGAAACACAAAUCGAGUAGUUGGAACAUAUGGGUACAUGGCACCGGAGUAUGCUAUGCAAGGCCAGUUUUCUAUAAAAUCAGAUGUGUACAGUUAUGGAGUUUUGUUGCUAGAGAUCAUCACAGGCCAAAGAAAUAGCGGAUGCUAUCAUAUGAAUCCCUUUUGCUAUUUAAUUGGCCAUGUAUGGGAGCUGUGGAAAGGAGGAAAAUGCAUGGACAUUGUGGACAAAUCAAUUGGCAAUACAUAUUCUGAAGAAAUCGUAUCAAGGUGCAUUCAAAUCGGUCUUUUGUGCGUGCAAAGAUAUGCAUCGGACAGGCCAACUAUGUCCACAGUGGUUUUCAUGUUGGGAAAUGCUGAUGUGGUACUUCCGUUCCCGAAACAGCCCGCAUUCAUCGACGAGAGUGACUACAAUGGAAAUAUUCAGUUGACAUGCAAUGAAACAUGUUCUGUUAACAGAGUUACAAUAACAGCUGUUGAAGCUUGCUAGCCACAUGCCACCACAAGUCCACUGCGGUACUACUCAACUUGAGAAAUUGAGAUGCUUCCUGUAUCGGUAGAUAGACGACACCUGAAGGCUAAUCGUGUUGUGUAUGAGCUAAAAGUUGCUCUUGUGCUUAGGAGAAAAGUUUACAUGUAGAUUAGAUAUAAUAGACUACUUUUGCAAAUUUCCUUGAAUAUACAUGAGGUAGGAAUUAUUUUCU